AAGCCGCUGAACACAGACGGGCUGUGGCCUUGGGAACGGGGCAGUGCCGGCUCCUUGGAAGCUGGAGGACAGCCCUCAAGAGGCCCCGCCAUGGGGAAGACCAACAGCAAGCUGGCCCCCGAGGUGCUGGAGGACCUGGUUCAGAACACGGAGUUCAGCGAGCAGGAGCUGAAGCAGUGGUACAAGGGCUUCCUGAAGGACUGCCCCAGCGGCAUCCUCAACCUGGAGGAGUUCCAGCAGCUCUACAUCAAGUUCUUCCCCUACGGCGACGCCUCCAAGUUCGCGCAGCACGCGUUCCGCACCUUCGACAAGAACGGCGACGGCACCAUCGACUUCCGGGAGUUCAUCUGUGCCCUUUCGGUCACCUCCCGCGGCAGCUUCGAGCAGAAACUCAACUGGGCCUUUGAGAUGUACGACCUGGACGGCGACGGGCGCAUCACCCGCCUCGAGAUGCUGGAGAUCAUCGAGGCUAUCUACAAGAUGGUGGGCACUGUGAUCAUGAUGCGCAUGAACCAGGACGGGCUCACACCCCAGCAGCGCGUGGACAAGAUCUUCAAGAAGAUGGACCAGGAUAAGGACGACCAGAUCACCCUGGAGGAGUUCAAGGAGGCAGCCAAGAGCGACCCGUCCAUUGUGCUGCUGCUGCAGUGCGACAUGCAGAAGUAGAGGCUGGUGAGGGGCAGGGCCCCUGGCCACGGGGGGGGGGGCAUGGCCACCUCCCAACCUGAUGACCUCUCUGGCUGGUUCUUACCCUGGGGGAGGGGCACUCCAGCCUCACUCUCUGGCCCACUCCCUCCUCUCUGCCCAAGCCCUCCUUCCCCUCAGUCAAGAUCCUUGGGGGCCCACGUCGCCGUGCUAAAAAGCAGACAGGGCCUCAGGUGUCCUGUCAUUUAGCCCCACCCCCAGCCUUGGCCCAGAACCAACAUCCCUUGGGCAAAGGGGGCUUGGCUUUUGCCCCAAGAGGCAGGGUUAGGGAGGGGGACUGGGGUCCUGCUUUGAGAUUCUGCUGUUCCUGGGAUUAUGCUUUGUAGAAUGUGGUCUCGCAGGCCCCACUCCAAGAGUCAGAUUGGAUGUGUCCUUUCCUGGGGACCCAGAACCCUCGAUGGUGAUGGUGGUCUCUGUCCUGCUCUCUCAACGCUGCCUGGCCCCUCUGGCCCCAGCCUUUGGAGCAUCCCUUCAGUCCUUUCUUCAGCUAAAGUUUCUUGAGCACUUGCUCAGUGCCAGGCACCUCCAGGUGCUAAGGAUAAUGGCGGUUUACCUGACGCAGUCCUGGCCCCCAGGAGGCUCGAGAGGUGGACUUCCGGUGAUCAGAGUCUCCCACAGGGAUGGCGGGAUGGUGAGCACAGCAGAGCUGAAGGCAUGCAGAGGCUGGCGAGUUUGAGAGGAACUUUAAAUCUUCCAGCUCAGCUCCACACAGAGCUGCAAAAGAGGGCCAGAAAAGUGUUGGAAAGUUCAGGAGCCAUCUGAGUGGACGUUUUAAGAAAAAUGAAAAUUUACAUAACAGUUAUUUUUUUAUUACCCUUUAAAAGAGCUAAAGUCAUUUUAUGAGUUUAGGAUGUUAAAAUAUACUCUAUAUUAUUUGGUUUCUUAUAAAAUGAGUAAAUAAAUGUAGAAAACUAUAAUGGGGGGGGGCCUGAGAAAAACAGAGGGAAAUAAUAUCAAACUCACCAGAAAAUGCUUUCUCUUGUCAGGCAAAGCCCUGAGCUGUCCCCAUCAGCAGCUUUGUGCUGCUUCUGCUGCUUCCUUUUUAUCACCUUUGCCAAGUCCACAAGGGACCCUCUAUCACACACUUACUCUGGUUGGGUGCUGACUUCAGG